CCCAACCUCAGCUUGCAAUGGGUGAUGUUGGUGGAUCACAAGUAUAUCCUGCCUCAGCCUAUCCACCUGGAGCAACAGUGGCUGCAGCUCCUGGUAUCACUCCUGCCGGUUCACAGCCGACGCCACCAUUCCCUGCAAAUCCAGGUCAGCUUAGUGCUGAGAACCAGCUUAUGUACGAGCAGUCGCAGCAGUAUCAGCAGCAGCUCCAGCAACUGCACCAGAGGCGGCUCCAGCAGUUCUGGGCCGAACAACGGUCAGAGAUCGAGCAGGCCACUGACAUCAAGAAGCACCCCGUGCAGCUCAAAAGGAUAAGGAAAAUCAUGAAGGCCGAUGAGGGCGUUCACAUGAUCUUGGCAGAAGCUCCGGUAGUGUUUGCGAAAGCAUGUGAGAUGUUGACACUGGAGAUGACGAUGAGGUCAUGGAUGGUCACCGAGGAGAACAAGCGCCGGAUCAUGAAGAAGAGUGACGUUGCCGAUGCUGUUGCUAGGACUGACGUCUACGACUUCCUGGCGGACAUAAUCUGCAUGGACGAGACGGAGGAGGAGGGAGUCGGGCUUCGCAGAGCCUGGCCGCCGCCACCCUUGGGGGCUCCGGCUGGCGCAUACCCGCAUUACCGCCCGCCGCAGCUGCAGGUGCCAGGUGCAGCAAUGGUGCACGGUGGCCAGCAGGUGCCGCAGGGCCAUCUGCCGCAUGUGUGGAUAGAUCUUCAGGAACAGGGACAGAAGGGACAUCAUGCGGAGGAUCAGCAAUCUGAAAGCGGCUGACAACAUGUGGGCCAU